GGGAACAUUCAAUUUACAAGUGUAAGGAUUUCUUAGCCCUUUCAGCGUCUCGCAGAAUAUCAGAAAUACGCAGUCGAAAAAUUUGCACUAAUUGUCUCCGCUCUACAACGCACACAGCUAGUAAAUGUCCAUCAGGCAAUUGUAAAACUUGCAAGGGCAAACACAGUACAUUGCUACAUGCAACAACUUCUACAGACUUAUCAGACCGUGACAAGGAGAAAGGCGAAGAACCGGCGCCAGCAGCAUCUCCAACGGCGCUGGUCAUGCAUACGGCUGACCUUCCCGACAACGGGUACACUAUGCUCUCUACAGCUGUGCUAUACGUUUACGACAGCCAGGGGACGCGCACAGAAUGUCGCGCCUUAUUGGACUCUGGUAUAAAUGGUGCAACUACCACAUCCACGCAAACCGUCCGGUUGAAAUUGCUAUCCCGUCUGAACUCGUACUCGGUCGACAUCGAAUGCAUCGUAACGGAGCGGGUAACGGACAGGCUUCCGGCAUUUACUCUUGAUCGAAAGGCCUUCGACAUUCCUCGUAAUCUACCGCUGGCCGAUCCCCAUUUUCACAAGUCCUCAGAUAUCGACGUAUUACUAGGUGCCGAGGUAUUCUGGGAUCUAAUGUGCGUGGGGCAAGUGCGGUCAUCGCCCAAGCAUCCAACGUUACAGAAGACUCGGUUAGGGUGGAUUUUGGCCGGUCGUAUGGGCAGUCCUCCUAAUGAUGGGCGGAGGGUACAAUCAUUUCAUGCAACCAUAUCCAAUUUGGAAUUGCAUAAUCAAUUAAGUCAGUUUUGGCAACAAGAGAGCGGUGGCAGCAAUCCAACCAAUUACACACUCGUAAAAGCUCAUUGCGAGCAGCAUUUCAUAGAUAACGUAACUCGAGAUCAAGACGGCAGAUUUGUAGUAAAGCUUCCUAUCAAGGAGCAGGUGAUGGCCAAAAUAGGUAAUUCAAGGGACGUCGCGUUAAAGCGUCUGCUGAGUCUUGAAAAACGAUUCUACCGCGAGCCUGAUUUAAAAACGCGAUACGUGGAAUUCAUAAACGAAUAUCUGUCGUUGGGCCAUAUGAGGGUAUUAGACACGCAGCUUGAUGAAGAUUCGGCAUCGUUCUAUUUGCCCCACCACGGCGUAUUCAAAACUUCCGAUCAAUCUUCGAAAAUUCGAGUUGUUUUCGACGCGUCGUGUAAAAGUAGCACAGGUAUAUCGCUCAACGACGCACUCAUAGUAGGGCCCGUUGUCCAGCAGGACUUGAUGUCCAUUUUGCUGCGAUUCCGCACGCAUCGCUACGCGAUCUCAGCCGACAUAGUUAAGAUGUAUAGACAGGUACUAAUACACCCGUCGCAAACGAGAUUGCAAAGAAUACUUUGGCGAGAUAACAUACGGUCGGGCAUUAAAACUUACGAGCUAACAACGGUCACGUACGGCACUUCUUCGGCUUCGUAUUUGGCUACGAGAUGCCUUAAGUAUUUGGCCGAACAACACGCGCCAAUCUUCCCAGUAGGCUCGAAAUGCGUUGAGCGCGAUUUUUAUGUAGACGAUUUGCUCACAGGAGCUGACACAAUCGCUGACGCGAAGUUAAUAAUAAACGAAACUUUGCAGUUGUUACGGCUGGGAUCGUUCGAGCUCAGCAAGUGGGCAUCAAAUUCUCCGGAGUUGCUGGAAAAUAUAGGCGACCGGCAGGGUAAUUCAGUCAUCAUCAAUGACGGUGUACACCCGCGCAUCCUGGGGGCUCAGUGGGACCAAUCCGAAGACACGCUAGGUUUUUGCUACCAAACCGAUAUAAACCAUCACACCGUGUCCAAACGCACAAUACUUUCUGAAGUUGCCAAAUUAUUUGACCCUCUGGGACUCAUCGGGCCCAUCAUUGUCAUCGCAAAACUCAUCCUUCAAGAGUUAUGGCAGGCAGGCUGUCAAUGGGAUGAAUCGGUACCACAGGCUAUACAAUCACGUUGGUUAAGACUUAAGUUGCAAUUGCCUGAAUUAAAUAAAUUGCGAGUUUCACGAUGCAUCAAACUUGAUGCAGAUUCCCGGCGCGUCCAGGUACACGAUUUUUGCGAUGCUAGUCAACGCGCCUAUGGGGCGUGCAUAUAUCUUCGAACGGAAGGCGAUAAUGAAUAUCACGUGGGGCUGCUCUGUUCAAAAUCUCGCAUUGCGCCCAACAAAACCAUAUCUCUCCCUAGAUUAGAGUUAUCCGCAGCGUUGCUAUUGGCGCAAUUAUUAGAUAAAGUUCGAAAUUCGUUCGAUUUGUCCCACAUGGGCAUAUUCCUCUGGUCAGAUUCUACAAUAGCCUUAAACUGGUUGACAUCGCCUUCCCGAAAAUGGACGGCCUUUGUAGCAAACCGAGUCGGCGAAAUACAACGCCUAACAAAAAUAGAAAGUUGGCGGCACAUUUCAUCAUCAAACAAUCCCGCUGACAUAUUGUCACGCGGGCUAGAUCCUCACGAGUUAAUAAGCUCAUCCUUGUGGUGGCAGGGUCCCAAAUUCUUACAAUCUCGACAAGAACAAUGGCCAAGUGACAAAUUCAUUCAGCUCAGAGACGACAUUCCAGAGAGGCGAGCAACCACUGUGGCUGCAGCUAAUCUCAAGCAUUCUACGGUCGAUGAAUUAGCAAGUAAAUUCUCUAGUCUUAUCAAAAUAGGCCGCAUCUUGUCUUAUUGUCUUAGAUUUUGCAAAACGCAUCGACCGAUUGCACAAACUAGUUUUGUUUCUCACAGCGAAAUAGCCUAUGCACUAAAUGUAGCAUGUAGAGCGGUACAAAUGGGUUCAUUCUCUGAGGAAUACAGGGCAUUGAGCGAAGGCAAAUAUAUCAGUGCAUCCAGCAAAUUGCUCUCUCUAUGUCCUUUUAUGGAUAAGCUUGGUCUAAUCCGUGUGGGGGGUGACUGAGAAACUCCAGGUUGCAGUUCGAUGCGCAACACCCCAUAUUACUACCACGUGACCACGACUUAACAAAGCGUAUAAUAACCUACGAACACACGCGCAACAUGCAUGCCGGAACGCAAGCCACAAUGGCCGCCGUAAGACAACGAUUUUGGCCUCUUUCGUUGCGAUCAACUACGCGCAAAAUCAUUCGAAGUUGCGUGACAUGUUUCAAGACUAAACCGGUCCUAUCGGAAGCUA